GUAAAGUUUGUUUGUAUAGUUUACUAUAUUUUGAUUUUAGUAUAGUUUAGUUUUUGUUAUGCCCUAUCCUAUCUAUUAAUAUUUUGGGGCCAGAUUUUGUAAGGGCUUCCCAAAAGAAUAAUGGGAAACGAAGAAAACUUGGAAAAGUAAUUACAUUUGACGAGUAGACGAAGCUCUAACCCUUCUUCUAAUCCGUCUCUAAAGUUUGGCUCCAUUUCCAAAUGGGACCCACACCCAGACACCUAGACCUGGACCUUGUUUUCAAUCAACCAACAACAGCCCAGCUUCAUCGAUACACGUUCCACCAAAACCACGUCAUUUGUAACCCAUUUCCUCUUCCUUUUAUCAAGUCCAGUGUGUCCCCAACUCCAACAUUCAAGUCAAAUCCUCCUCCCAUCCAAUUCAAUCCAUCUCCUUCUUCACUUCUCUUCUCACAACUCCCUGCCCCUCUUUUUGCUCUAACACGGCUCUCAAUCCCCAUGAAUCCUCCCACUUUUCCAAUCCAAUUUUCCGGCGAUCCACUUCCGGCCUCCACUAUCAUCGGAAGCGGGGACCCCAGGAUUCCCUUACAAAACCUCUCAACCAUCCGUUCCAGCAUGGAUGCCCUCCAAAGCUUCCUCUCCCAUAGCAUCCACAGAGAAGUUCGUAUCAGCAAUCAACAGAUGGAUGCCGUUUCAUCUGAAAUCUUCACCGCAAUCCAACAGAUCAUCGUCAACGGCGCCGCUCUUUUAACCUGUGCCCAAUCGAAAACCCCAACUCCCCCGGAUUUGACGGCUUCGACAACUCGAACUCAGCCGAAUUCUGUAACAGAGAAAUCAAUGGCGGAGCUGAAGGUGGAGGGUGUAGAUGAGAUUACAAUAACCGAAUCUGAAGAAUCUGACCCAGAUUGGGAAGUAGUGGAGCUGGAUGCGAUGGAAUUGCUAGCGGAACACAUCCAUUUCUGUGAAAUCUGCGGGAAAGGGUUCAAGCGAGACGCGAAUUUACGGAUGCAUAUGCGGGCCCAUGGGAAUCAAUUCAAGACCCCAGAGGCUUUGGCUAAGCCGUUGGAUGAUGUUGGUGCGGACCACAGAGCGAAACGCACGCGAUUCUCGUGCCCUUACGAUGGUUGUGUAAGGAACAAAAUGCACAAGAAAUUUAGGGCACUGAAAUCCUUGAUUUGCGUCAAGAAUCACUUCAAGCGCAGCCACUGCCCUAAGAUGUUCUCUUGUAAUCGUUGCAACAAAAAGAGUUUCUCUGUAAUGGCGGACUUGAAAAGCCAUUUGAAGCACUGCGGUGAGUCCAAGUGGCGGUGUUCUUGUGGAACCACCUUCUCCCGUAAGGAUAAGUUGUUUGGUCAUAUGGCGUUGUUCGAAGGCCACAUGCCGGCAGUUCCGGAUGACGCUUGUGCCACGGUGGCGACGACGACGUCGGAAAUGGAUGAAGAUGGAGACAGUAAUCAGAUCUCGAAGGAUGUUAAUCUCCAAAACGGGUCCAAUGUUUCGUCGGAUGAUGGAUCUUUUGAGUCGUUUCUUGAUGGGUUUGGUUUGAUUGAGAAUCAAAGUUUACAAGAGGUGCUGGGAUUCCCUUAUGAUUUCGAUUCGGAAUCAGAAUGGAAAUUUCGUGGUUUCUGAUGUUAGUGUUCGUCAGUACAUAUGGAAAAUUCUUUGCAUAGAUAUCGGUACUCUUUAACGGUUUGAAUUUAAUUCAUUUGCCUUUUUUCAUUGUUAUAAGAAAGUGUUAAUCAGUUUGAAUUUGAUUAAUUUACCUCCUCUCUGAUUACUAUUAGAUUUGUCCA